AUGAAACCCUCAAGUGACGUCUCCACUGAAGAUGAUGAUCAAAGGUUGCCACGUCUAACACAUAGAACACGCUACCGACGCUACUUUGGAAAACUUAGCACUAUCGCCACAAGUGGCGCUGACUGCCGUAAUCAGGAGCGCCCUCUGGCCCAGCCCAACAACCCUAUAACCUGCCUUGCUUUUGCGGAUGACCUCGUCCUCAUCGCGGACGACGCAGCCCACCUCCAAGACCUUCUGGAUGUAUGCUCUCGAACAGCUGAGAAAGAAGGCAUGAAGUUUAGCCGUGAAAAAACAAAUAUUAUGAAGAUAGGAGAUGACACGCCGGGACCGCGCUUCUUUCUCCAAAAUGAAGAAGUGAAAGACACCACCUCCUACACAUACCUGGGAAUACAAAUUGAAAGUAAAGAAGACUAUCUGCUGGAACACGAACAGGACCUCCUCCGGAAGAUGAACAAAAAGGAAGGACACUCGUGGCACUUAGCACGGCAUUCGUUCAACCCAUACGAAAUUGGGCGACUACACUGGAAAACGACAGCCGUGCCCGCAGCAACGUACGCAAACGAAGCAAUAUCUUACAGUAAAACCACGAUGGACCAAUUGGAGAGACAACAAAGAGAGCUCGGAAGGUGGCUCCUACAGGGAUCGUUCGCUACACCGAACCCCGCCAUAGAAGGGGAACUGGGCUGGUCGACUUACUCUUUCAGAGAAGCCAGAUCGAAGACCAACUUCCUGGGACGAGCAAUCCACGGACCAGAGCAAGCGUACAUCACUCGCGUAUUCCGGUACCUCCGGUUCACCGGAGUAAAAAUACAUUGGAUAAAGAAGAUUAAACAAAUCGACCGAGUUUACAGCAUAGGAACGAAACGACACACCGCAACCAAUCAAAAAGAGUGGACCAGGAUAACCAGAAAGGAACUACACCAAACGGAAAGUCAGCGCUGGACCUCUUCCGUUGCAAGGAGAAAAAGCAUGGCACGAUACGGCGAAAACAAAACAUCCCCUGCGCCGGAAAGGUUCUACUGGGGGGAUAGAGCCAGUGGACUGUUAUUUCAAGCACGGACAGGCUCUCUCCCAACAAGAAAGAGGAUCAGCGAACUCUUCAGCUCGGACAAUCCAGUAUGCACACUCUGCGACACAGGUGAAGAGGAGGACCUGGAACAUAUCCUGCGAUCCUGUCCAGCUCUCGAAAAGACAAGGAACCCAAACCACUACCCGACUAAGGUCCUUUUAGGCUUCCAAACAGGGGCGAAUGAGGAGGACGAACCACAAAUCGCGACCACUAAACGGCAUCUUCUCGCGUGGGAAAAGGCAACACGUCUGCGAAAGGCCAAUACAGACCGAAUCUGGCAAGGCAACACAGACCUUCCAACUUCUCAAGACAGUGAAGACGCUGAAAGCGAAAAAGAGGAUGCGGACGAGCCACCAGAGGGCCAACAACGUAGACGACGAUGAUCUAAAACCGGAGCCAACGCCAAAGCCACCACCACUGAUCUCGAUUGUAAAAGGCUGGAUCGCGGAUAGGGAGCGCGAGCGUGCGGCAACCGGCCGCCAUCUUACUGUACCCAAAACAGUCGCUGCAGCGAUCAUGGCAACUUUUUCCAAUUACGGUCGUACCAACCGUACCGGCAAGGAUACAGGGCUGAAAUUUCUACAGGUUUCCUCACGGGGGCUACCCAGAGGAUCGUCUGUGCAGUGUGAUGCGAUCGAGCAUGCAGAUAAGUAUCAUGUGUUCCUCAUCUACGGGUUCCUACUUUACGGGGAGGAAUCACCUCAGUGCACGCACUGUGAUGAGCCACUCUCAAUUUUGCCCAUUCUCUCUACACCCAGCAUUGUCUUGGUGAUGAAGCUAUAAUUCUUUUUAAAACAGCGUUUAGACGUUGCAAUUUCUAAAAGAAAUCGGGAUUGUAAACCCCGUUUUAAACUGAUGUUUUAAACAUUUAUGCAAUGCUUUUGCUAAACAACAUAUUUAUUUUUAACUAGUUGCGUCCUAACCAGUGUUCUCUCCUUCAGAGCUGCCUCGACAUACUCAAGAAAUGGGUGCAAAACCUGAGCAGUGCCCACAAACUUCGAUCACCGCAGCACCUCCAAAAAGUAAAAGCAUAUGUGUCACAUGAGAUUUUUAAAGGUAUUCAUAGUAUAUAAUACCUUGUAUUAACUGUUGUAGAUCUAGCCCACCUCUACAGUAUACACCCCCAGGAAUUAAAACUUGUUGGGGUACUGUGAUCAUUGUUUCAGUUAAUAGGCAUGCACAUAUAUGCUAUAAGAAAAUUAUUUCUUGAGAAUGCACUACUCUUGAUCACAUUCAUGCAGCUGUAGGUUUACCUUCGGCCUCUUGGAACUCUCUGUAGUUGCCUUAGCUACAGGAGGAGUGUCCUCCA